AUUUUGACCUCUUUAUCGAGAUUUGCAACUUUAGCUUCUUCUCUUUGUAAAGGUUCAUGAACAGUGACAGUUUCCUCAAGAAGCUGCAUUCAGAUUUUGCAUCCUCUUUUGCUCUUCCAUCAUUUUCAGAACUGACUCAUCUUCUGCAGAAGUUUGGCCUUUUUCUGAUGGUGAUAGAGAUUUGUUAAUUCUACAAACGCAGCAAAGAUGUCACAAUGUUCUGAAAACGUUAUCCCUACUCUACGUGAUUUCUUCAACUCCCAGAAGCCAGGGGAAGAGGAUGAGUUUAUGUUCUAUCGAGUUCUCAACUCCUCGUGCAAGAGCAUUCCUCCGAGACCUACAAAACUGGGAAACAAGGCAAAGGAGAGACACGGUUUCUUAAACCAUGCUUCCAAGGAAAGAAGCAGAAGGAACAUAUCAGAUGCCGAGAGGUUUUCCGUGGAACAAUAUUCUUCUGGUGGUUUCUUUGGGGUUCGUCUGAACACAAACGCGAGACAACAACAACAACAACAACAACAACAACAAAGAUCAGCUAUGUCUUUAGGUUCAGAAAGAAACAUGGAACCGAGAUUGCAAAAGUCAUUCUCCGCUAGAAUGCAAUUGCCGUUUAUGUCUUCUUCAAAGGGAAGCAAUCAGUCUUCUUCUACGAAUAGUUCAAGCUGGUUUAGCCGUAUCAAGAAACUCUCUAAUCCAUUUUCAAAUCGAAAUCCUCUGAUACCAAAAUCAGGCGAGAUCAAGGUCAGUGGCAGAGAUAUGCUCUCAAGGAACGUUUCCUUCAGAAAGUCUUCACCUGUUCAUCUACGUGCCCAUCUCAGCAUGGAAUAUGAACUUGGUAUGCCUGUCUUCACGUUCUCGCUAGACCACCCGGAUGAUGUGUAUAUGGCCAGUACAUGGAUGGAUGAUAAUGACUCUCGGUUUGUCUAUUCGUUUCGCUACAUCCGUGCAAGAAGCAACAAAAACCUCGGUGAACGGCGGUUCAAUGUUUCAGGUAUAGAAUCUUUGUUGAUAGGACAGAUGCAAGUCUCAACUCACAUCUGCUUAGAGCCAGAACCAUAUGAAGAUCCUGUGGAAUCAACUGUGUCAGAAUUCAUUCUUUUUGACAUUGCACGUGCACAGAGAAGUGGCUUCAAGCAUGAGCUGCUAUCAAGACAGAACAGUUUUAGAAGAGGAUUGGAUCCGAGUACAGAGACAGAGAACAGAGUAUAUGAUGGCUCAAUUAACUCGAACCUAAGAAAAGAAAAGCUGCCAAGGCAGAACAGUUUCGGCCGAGGACUGACCCGUACGCUAUCAAAACGUUCAGAGACUAGUGCAUCUGAUCCUUGGCCAGCCUCGGAUUUACAUCCAGGCCUAGAGAUUGCCGCAAUAGUUAUUCGAGACUCUUCCUCUAGCAAUGAGAGUUUUGGGUACAUGAAGAACAGUGAACUCUCAAGUCGAGAGGUGAAAGUUAUAGUUCCAACAGGAAACCACGGUUUGCCUGAUGCAGAAAACUCAUGUCCUACGCCGAUACUGCAGAGAUGGAGAUCAGGUGGAGGCUGUGAUUGUAGCGGAUGGGACAUGGGCUGUCACCUUUUUGUCUUGGAAACUCCUGAAACCCAUUUUUCAGAAGAGCCAAAACUCAUCAACAAUCACCACGGCUUAGAACUAUUCAUUGAGGGCGGGAAGGAGAUCACACCGGCAAUGACAAUGGUGUUCAUCAGAGAAGGACAUUACGAGGUAAACUUCCACGCAAAGCUCUCAGCUUUACAAGCAUUCUCAGUCUGUGUCGCCGAGCUGCAUAAAACUGUUACCUCAAGAGGAGAAAGAAGCAACUCUUUGUCUAGAUGCAGUUCACUCAGAGAGCUUAUUGACAUGGAAACUCCGGUAAACAGAGAUACCAGAGAAGAAGUACUUUCGUCUUUCAUGCCUAACGUCACUUUCUCUCCAAUUUCAAGGGUUUAAGACAUAUAAGAAAGUUAUCUUUUCCUCCUUUCCUUUA